AGCUGAUUUCUUUUCUAAUAAUUUUAUGUUAAAUAACCUCAAAACCCUCUGCCUGCAUGCUAUUUUUUUGUGUUUGUGAAAUGAUAAUAUUCAGGUUAUCAGUAAACAGUUGUCAGCUGUAGAUCGUGAAAUGAUAAGUAAAUUGUUGUCGCGUCCAAUUUGUUCAUUACUACGAAGUAACACAAGACUUAUGGCAACAGCAAAAGAAAUACCUACAACGGAUUUGGUGUUAGCUGAAGAUGUAGGCGAUAAAGGAGUCUUAAUUUUAAACCGUCCAAAAGCAUUGAACUCGGCCAAUUUUGAAAUGGUCGAUAAAUUCGCCCGUGUUCUAGAUAAAUGGCACAAUACAAAGUCGCUGAUCAUUGUUAAGGGCGCGGGCGGCAAAGCAUUCUGUGCUGGUGGUGAUGUGAAAACAAUUGUUGAAGCUGAUACAGCUGAUGUGGGGAAGAAAUUCUUUGGAACCGAAUAUGUUAUGAAUCAUAUGAUUGGAAAUCUCCAGAUUCCUUAUGUCGCUUUAAUAGACGGCAUCACAAUGGGAGGCGGUGUUGGAAUUUCGGUUCAUGGCCGAUAUCGCAUUGCAACAGAGAAAACGUUGUUUGCAAUGCCUGAGACAGCGAUUGGUCUCUUCCCCGACGUUGGUGGAUCAUAUUUUUUGCCACGUCUUCAAGGAAAACUUGGUUACUAUUUGGGUCUGACAGGUUUCCGGCUGAGAGGUCAAGAUGUGCUACACGCUGGCGUUGCGACACACUAUUGUGAAAGUGCCAAAAUUCCGGAAAUAGAAAAAGUUUUACUCGAUUUGAAAGACACAAAAGACGUCGAUAGUGUUAUCAAUGACUUUUGCCCAAAACCAAAAUCCAAAUUCAUUUUGGCAAAACAUCUUGAUCAAAUCAAUAAAUCGUUUAAUGCGUCGUCAAUCGAAGAGAUCCUAAGCAAUUUGGAAAAAGACAACAGCGAAUGGGCUCAACAAACCAUUAAGACACUUCGAUCAGUUUCACCACUUAGUUUAAAAGUGACUCUUCGCCUUCUGAACAUUGGAUCAAAUUUCCAAUCGCUUGGCGAAUGUUUACAAAUGGAAUAUCGAUUGGCCGUGCAUUUUGUUGAAGAUAGUGAUUUCCAUGAAGGUGUUCGGGCAUUGCUUGUUCGAAAAGAUAAUAAUCCAAAAUGGAAUCCAGCACGCAUUGAAGAUGUCACCGAUGAACGAGUGGAAUCGUUCUUCCGACCAUUGCCAAACAACGAAGACUUGCAAAUAAACAUCAAAUUGAAUUCAAAGCUAUAAUAGUGUGACCAAAUGUGACAUAGUCCAAAAAUAUUUAACCACACUGUGUUUGGGUCCUUGGAACAAAUUAAUAACAUUCACAACAAUUUUUUAUCGUUAAAUAUAUUAAUAAAAUAAUUCAUCACGUUUGGUGAAUUACACUUUGAUUUGUUUGUAUUAAAU